GACGUAUGAGAGAGACAGAGUGGCGGGCGAGGGAAACAGAGGAUAUCAGAUCCACAUAGAGAGCUUCCUUUCACCAAAAACACUCCUCCACUGAAAAUGGAACAACUGGAUCGCAACGCGCCCCCGUAUCCAUGACCAAAUAAGAGCGAGCGAGUGAGCACUUAUUGUCUUUUAUGUAUCGCGCUGACCGGUCAUCUUGUCAUUUUACAAAAGACACGUUCAUAUUUUUUAGAGCAUUUCCAAAUAAUUUUUUGUAGGUGUAGCACGUCGUUUCUGUGGAUUAUAUGAAGGUGGUUGGAUCUUGAAGACGGAGUGCGUCAAGUUAGCGCACGUAUCCAACAAGUGGAUGCAUGAAUUUGCUAGCAGCAGACUAAAAACGCAAACAGCCGAUGUCUUGAAAUCCUAUAAAUCUGUGUAUCGGUUGAAAAGUAAUAGACUAAAAACGUACGCUUAUUAGCUCAGAUUGUCAAAGGAGAUGAAUGUGUUAGCGCAUAGUCUCAGCCUGAGUCAUUGACCAAAAGCAAGAUUUCGCUGCGGUAUCCACCGUCUCCCACCUCACCCCUCUCCCCCAUCCAUGGACUCGCUUCUCCCUUCCCUCGGUGACCGUGGGGGGAAGUUGGGAUCCUCUCUUUAGACAUUUCUGUAUGAGGAGGGCGCAGCUGGCACCUAAAGGUCGCAGUCAUGCCGAUGCACCCAGUCUCCUCCACGUUGAUGUACCGGGGGAUCUGCACCAUCCCUGACCUCCUCGCCUACAGAGCCCCGCCGAACCUGCCCGAAGACGAGGUUGAAGAGAUCCGCGAGGCCUUCAAAGUGUUUGACCGCGAUGGGAAUGGGUUCAUCUCAAAGCAGGAGCUGGGGAUGGCGAUGCGCUCCUUGGGCCACAUGCCAAACGAGGUGGAGCUGGAAGUCAUCAUUCAGAGACUGGACAUGGACGGCGAUGGCCAGGUGGACUUUGAGGAGUUUGUCACUCUUCUGGGCCCAAAGCUGACGGCAGCUAGGUUGCCAGAUAAGUUCCACGGCACUGACUUUGAUUCUGUAUUUUGGAAGUGUGACAUGCAGAAGUUAACGGUGGAGGAGCUGAAGAGGCUCCUCUACGACACCUUCUGCGAUCACCUUUCUAUGAAAGACAUCGAGAAUAUCAUCAUGACUGAGGAGAACCACAUAGAGAACCCCGGGGAGUGCCAGGUGGAUAUAGACAGUUCCAGCCCGACCGUCAAGCAAACUUGUGUUCGCAAGAGCUUGAUUUGCGCCUUUGCCAUUGCUUUCAUCAUCAGCGUCAUGCUUAUCGCAGCCAAUCAGGUGCUGCGGAGCGGCAUGAAGUAGGAGCAGCAGCAUUUUCAGCCUUGGCUACCACCUAAAGGCUGCGUCACGGACAAAUGACUAUAAACAUAAAGCUACAAAAUAUAAAACGGAUACAACAGACAAUCACGCAACUGUAAAAUUGGCAAAUGACUGCGGAAACAAAAUGGAGUCACCAAGGACACAACAUGUGCAGGGAUUUGUCAGAAACAUGCUGAAAACUUUCAAGGACAACAGGACCUCACAUAGACAGAGACAGCGGUGUAUGUGAAGUGGACGGCUGCCUAUACAUAUCACUCAUACAACAUUUAGUAUCCAUUAGCUAUGUGCAUUUGAGAAGUGUUGCAUUCAGUAAGGUGGCAGCUAUAAAGAGAAGUGUUUUGACUGUCCAGUUGUGUAUUUGUCCAGUGUACCAUGCCGUUUAUUAUAAAGCAGUAGAAAUAAAUCUGUGAAAUAUUGUGGGCACCGUUGGAGAAAAUGUAUUCCUGAGGCUGGAAGGUGUUGUUAUGUGCAAGGUCUGGAGUUCACAGUGUUGUGGAGAUAUUGUAUACGGUGCAACAUUGUUCAAGAACAAUUUGUGUAUAAAGAAAACCUUGGUAUGAAACAAAUAUCCUCAGGGAGGUGCAUGUGGUUGAGUGGAUAGUUUCACUUAUUCACAGGCUGCAGGGUUAGCAAGAUUACCAGCUCGCGGGAGGAAUUGUGUUGAGGUCUGAAGGGACAGUUUAAACUAAAAAGCACUCGGCUCUCCGGCUCCACUGUGGGGCUUUGCAGGCCUCUGAGAAUGACCUUCAUCUAUGCAUGAAAUGCAUGGACUUAAACAGUCGUCGUCUUGACACAUUUGUAAAAGUUAUUCUCUAUGUAUUAAUCAUAAUGACUGUAACAGCUGUUCUCAAUUACUUAACGACAACUGUGAGCAAUUAUGUGCCGUGCCGGGUGUCAGCAAUCACAACAAAAGCAAAGCAUACAAAUGCAUGAAAAGGAAGGGCUGCUUUAGUACAUGCUCUAAAAAAAAGAUUUCCAGGAUUGCUAAACUGCUGACCUUGCGCCUGAUGACCACUACCACCGUAGAGUUAGAUAUGUGUCUUGCAACCAUUUUAAAGAAUAUGCAUUGGAAAUCAUCUGGUUGGUAGUGCAGCUGAACAGGAAUGUAUUUUUUAUUUAUUUGUUCUGUCUGUAUGCGUUGCGAAAGAGCAAUAAAUGUAUGUAAAAUAUAUAUCUUAUAAUGCUUGAUACAGACAGGAAUCUUCAAAAAAAAGUAACCCCCAGUGGACCUAUUAACUGUUAGGGUCAGAAAAGUUGCGAAAGCACUUUCCAAAUGAAGAUUUUUGCAAUACAACAGAGACCCUCUUGUUCUGUGAGACGCAGACAGAUGAAUGGGAAUAUGUGUGUCAGAAGCUGCACAGUGCAUUGAGGUUUGACAGGGGCCAUAUGGUGUAAUCUGUUGCAAUAAAACAUAAAUAUCUGUGAGGCCACCACAUGAAUAUGAUUGGGGUAGAUUAGAUUGUUUUGCAUGCAUCUGGGUUAGUUCCCUCAUCAGUGUGUAUUGUACAUACAAAAACAACUUCAACCAAAGCUUUGGAGGGAUCUGUGACAGCAGAAUUAGGCCACACAACAAAAGUGAGCUCAGAAAACAACAAUUAAUUUAACAUUUUAAUUCUUGAGAUGAACCCAGACAUCCUGCAUAAGUCCCACAGCUUCCACUCAAAUGUUUGAAUCAGUAACUGAAACCAAAUAAAAAGACAUAAAAGGUCCUUCAAAAUGCCCUCAAAAACAACACACUGCGAUAAACAGUGGAAAUCUAAAUAAUUCACAUCUUCUGAAUUUCUCUAUUUAGGAUCUCUAUUGGCAGCUUCCCAAACCAGGGCCAAAACCUCAUUGAGAGGCAACCCAUUUAGACAACCCUAUCAACAGGAGCCAGGCAGGAUAAUGAUUAUCUGAUGCACCCGGGCAAUUUGUCAAAAGUGUCAACUCUGUGGGGAACACACGUAAUAAAAGGGAGGAAAAAGCCCGUUUGUUAACAGAUACCUUUGUUUCCAUUUUUGCACUUUACGAUGUGCUGCAGCGCACAACAACUCACCGUCAUGAUUGUUCAUCCGAUUCCUCAUAUAGUUAAGGCCUGAAUAAUUACAUUUGGACCUAAAAAAAGUAUUACUUUACCAUAGACGUCUAUUUUUGUGAAAAGGAAAUACAAAAAUAUUGUGGAAAUAGAUAUAACUAUUCUCGUUCAUUUUCUAUCAUAUCAUCACCAAGGGAACAUUUUCAUUGGGAAUAAAGUUAUUGUAUUCAUUUGAUUGUUGCCUUAUUCUUUGAGACACUUUUGCAUUGAGCAUACUCAUAAAAUCACUUGUACAAACCAAUAUUUAUUUUCUUUUUACCGAUGAAAAAAAAAUGUAUGAACAUGUUGAUAGUGAAUGUUCUAUUUCCAUUGUACUGUUUUGAUACCUGUCUUUGGAUCUUGGAAAUGUGUAUUGACAGUGUGAUAUAUGUUCAUUGACUUCACCCAACGUUCUAUGUCUGUGGAAUGGUAUUUCACAAUAAUAAAAUAACUACCAUGUUA